CGUUUUGGGUGUCACGUACGUAUUUCUUUUGCCUAUCCAAUGAGCGAAGCAAACUAGUAAUUUCCAUUUGUCAGCGACUUGGACUUUUUGGCGGGAACGCGAGGAGCGAAGUUGAAUGAAUUGUUUUAUUUUGUCUAUUUAGUGUUUCUUCAGGUUUAAAUCUGUAAUAACGGUGGUUUAUUAACUUUUUAAUAUCUGUAAAAGUGCACAAAUGAAACAAAGCCGCUGGACGUAUUAUAGCUUCUCGGGAUCUUCCAAAAAGUACACUGAAAAAGUCUCAGUAAAUAAUCACUAUUUUAGUGAGACUAUAUUUCAUCCCAUAUCAUCUCAUUUCAUUUCAUAGCAAUUGGUUAUUGUUCUUAAUUAAUCAACUUCAUUUCAUUUCAUACUGUCAUUUUUCAUUAAUUUUUUUUUUAUAAAAGAUCAGUCUGUAUGGUAUGAUACUGCCUUGCCAUUUGGAAAAAUAUAACUACUACUACUGUCAUUAUUGUCAUUGCUGUCUGUCAUUUUCACAUUGCCUUCCACGCACUUAUAAACAUACGCAUUGCGGUAUAGUUUCUUCGAUUUUCGUCUCCAAAAAUGUGUUCCGCCAACCUUAAACCAAUGUUCAGAGACCUUACAGCCGAGGACCCCGACCCAGAAGUCACGGAAAUCGAGUCAUUUUGCAUAAAUUGUCAUUCAAAUGGAAUGACCAGGGUAUUGCUCACCAGGAUACCGCACUACAAGAAUGUAGUGAUAAUGUCGUUUUCUUGCGAGGAGUGCGGCUAUCAGAACAACGAGAUUCAACCAGGAGGAGAAUAUGAGGAGCUCGGAGUCAGAUGGAAGCUGCGUGUUGAAUCCCAACAGGAUCUGAACAGGCAAGUGGUCAAAAGUGACUACACCAGCGUCAGGAUACCCGAGCUGGACUUUGAGAUAGCAGCACAGAGUCAGAAAGGGGAGGUGACAACUGUCGAAGGAAUUAUAUCGCGAGCUAUAACCGGUCUGAAUCAAGAUCAAGAAUCUAGACGGAGUCAGCACCCCGAUGCGGCGGCUAAGAUUGACGAGUUUGUGUCUAAGCUUCAAGCAUUGAAGGAUCUGUCUACUCCUUGGACACUACAGCUUGAGGAUAUAAGCGGGAAUUGCUUCAUCGAGAACCCCCAAAUGCCGAAGAAGGAUCCUCGCUGUGAACGGACCGAUUUCAAACGGAGCAAAGCCCAGAACCACCAGCUGGGCAUAUUCAUGCACGACGAGGUGCAAGACGACCUGACCCCGACCCCGCUGACACCCUUCUCGGAGAAGCUCCUGACUCCGGCGGACCCGGCCGAGUGCAGCCUGGAGCAGAUGACCGCCGACGAGGUCCUGCAGUUCAGGACCAACUGCCCCGACUGCAACUCGCCCGCGAACACCAACAUGAAGAUCACCAAAAUACCGCACUUCAAGGAAGUUGUCAUCAUGGCGACGACGUGCGACUACUGCGGACACCGGACCAACGAGGUAAAAUCCGGUGGCGGUAUAGAAGAUAUGGGUGUGAGAUUUGAGGUCCGGGUGGCCACUAAAGACGACUUCUCCAGAGAUAUACUCAAGUCGGAGACGUGCAGCAUGAGCAUCCCGUCGUUGGAGCUGGAGGUGGGGGGCCACGCGCUGGGGGGCCGCUUCACGACCGCCGAGGGCCUACUGCGCGCCACCCGGGACCAGCUCCGGCACUGCCCUGCCCUCACCGGGGACAGCGCGCCGCAACCCGCCCUGCAGCGGUUCAUUGAGCGGCUCACCGACGUGCUGGAGCUGAAGGAGCCGGUGACGGUGGUGCUGGACGACCCCGCCGGGAACUCGUACGUGCAGAGCCUGGCCGACGACCCCCUGACCCCCGACGACGGGCUUAAGGUCGAGCGGUACGUGCGCACGUUCGAACAGAACGAGGAGCUGGGGCUCAACGAUAUGAAGACCGAGAACUACGAGGGGUGCUGACGCGCGCGCGGCCCAGCCCCGCGGGCGUGAGGUCGUGAGGUCGCCUCAAGCCGCCCUGUAUCUGCAUUACCGCUUCGCACCAAACACAACGCAAUAUGAUUGUUAACGCCAGAGACGUAAAGUCGUAUAUAAAUGAGUUCAAUGGAACCCGUGGAUCGCGCGAUGAUGAGGAGCCUUCAGAUGUUCGGGAAAUGCUUGAACAAUGUAUAUAUUGUCAUGUAUUGUAUAUAUUGUUUAAAUUAUUAUUAUGUAAAAUGUUAAAGGAAAUUUGUACGUGUUGAUAAUUAAAAUGGAAAAAUAUAAAA